CGUAGCUGGUGGUACCGGAAGUGUGGCGCGAGGAUUUGGUUCCCCCUGCGGCAGAUAACUCAGGCGAGGAGGGAGCAUGGCUGCAGUGCCUCCAGAUACUUGGCAACCGCCAACUGUUUCGGUGGAAACCACUAUGGGGCUCAUCAUUUUGGAGCUGUACUGGAAGCAUGCACCCAAGACUUGCAAAAAUUUUGCCGAGCUGUCCAGACGAGGUUAUUACAAUGGCACAAAGUUUCAUAGGAUAAUCAAAGAUUUCAUGAUCCAGGGGGGUGAUCCAACAGGAACUGGAAGAGGAGGAGCAUCUAUCUAUGGCAAGCAAUUUGAAGAUGAACUCCACCCAGAAUUGAAGUUUACAGGUGCAGGAAUCCUUGCUAUGGCGAAUGCAGGUCCAGAUACAAAUGGAAGCCAGUUCUUUAUUACAUUAGCACCAACCCAAUGGCUUGAUGGCAAGCACACCAUCUUUGGUCGUGUUUGCCAAGGAAUUGGGAUAAUCAACAGAGUGGGCAUGGUGGAAACCAAUGCACAAGAUCGUCCAGUGGAUGAUGUAAAGCUUUUGAAAGUUUUUCCAUCUGGCUAGAUUAAAAUCGCAAAGUUGUUACAUAUAGACUCUUCAAAGAAAACUGCUGUAUUCCAAGAGAUACCUGCCAACUACUUAGAUGCAAAUUAAUCUUCACUAAAAUUAUCUUCAGGAUUCAUCAUUAACCUUUCUAUUAAAGCUAAAUAAUCAAGAGGUGCAUGAACUAUUUGAAAUGGGUAAAUGCCAUCAAGCUGUGAUAAGUCUUGUUGAUAGCAUAAUUUUGUCUACCAUCCAUGCUUUGCUUGGAAUGUAGCAAAGUAUAUGUGUAAAUAAACACAUAUAUUUUAAAUGCCCAGAAGGAAUCAGGCAAUGUCUAGUAUUUUACAAGUCGUCAUAAAUACCUGUUAAUUUAGUACAGGGUCCACAUGAGUCUGGAAGUAAGGUUAGAAUGUUACAAGUGGAAAUAGGAAGUUGAUUUGUUACCAUUUGUUUAUUAUGAAAUGACAUACAAAUAUAAAAUUUUAAGGCCAAAUCAUUUAUACUGGUAGUGAUUUAUUUCUUGGUCUCAUUUCAUAUUCCACAAAGUCAAGGCCAUGAAAACUUACGAUACGUUGUCUGAAUAAACUGUGUUUUGCCAAA